UUCGCAUUCUCUAUGCUCUUCUUCAAUUCCAUCUUUAAUAAGUGGUAGCUAGGGUUCGAUUCUCUUUAAGAUGUUAGUCUUGAAAAGUUAGCAGAUUGGAUUGUUUAUUCGCUUGAUUAGCUGGAAAUAGAGUACAACCAGCUUAGUAUGGAGGGGCGUGUGCAAUGGGAUGAAGCUAAUAUAGUGGAAAUUGAAUCUAACAAGCCUGUUAGGCAGAAGAUCACUGAACCUAAGACACCCUACCACCCUAUGAUCGAUGAUGAUGGUUCUCUGUCUCCUAGAGGCAGGUCGUUUGACGAAUGCGUUGAUGAUAUGCAACGUGCCGAAGAACUGAGGAACGUUCUCAACGAGGCAGCAGCUUCCUCAAGUAGGAAUACUAGCCAGGGGUCUGGUUCUGGUGGCUGGAGCUCUUCUGAGGAGGAUGAAGCAGAUCCGAUGGAUCAAGAUGAUGAAGAUGUGGAUGGUGAGAAAAACGCACGUUUCAACGAACUCAGAAGAGUACAUUACGAUGAGUUUCGGAAGGUGAAGGAAAUGAGGUCUUCAGGGUCGUUCUAUGAAGAAGAGGAAGAAGAGAAUGGAGCAAAAGGCAGUAAAACAGUGGCAACUACCUCACGUCACACUAAAGGCGUUAAAAAAGAGGUCGAUGCAGCCACGACAGCUUCAUCCUCGAGUUGAUAUUAACCUCUGCUCAGUCAAAUGUGUACUCCCUGGGGUUUACAUUAGUGUUUAGCUUUUUAAAAAGAAAACAACAAAGAAAAAGAGCAAAAACAACAUUCUGAGUUAUUUGUCUUUAUAUAGCAUUUUAGAGUCCAAUUGCUGUUGAACAAAAAAGAGAGCCCAAUUGCUUUAACAUCACUUUGAUUCGUCAGUAUCAUCGUAAUACUUUUUGUUUUAUCAA